AGUCAGUAUAAGCUCAGUGCUCGAUGUGAAAACUUUGAAUAAUCUCAUCAAUAAACAAUAAAAUUGUGAUUUUUUUUUAUGAAAUAAAUAUUAAGCUGUUUAUCUUAAAUUGUACAAAUUAAAUUAUGGUCUCGAUUAGAAAUGUGUUUUUGGUGUCUAUGCUAGUCAUCAUCGGGAAUUAUCAGUGUGAAUGCGGUGUGUUCUCAUUAGUAAGGGAUAUUUUGCAAUGGAAUGUGGCAGGGUUACCUCUAAUUCAUCAGAAAACAGAAUGGGAUUUUGAUCCAGAAGUAGCACAGAAAAGGCGAGAGCAGUUCUAUGAAAUUCAUGGCUACAGGGCUGCAAAAUAUUUAGAACGAAUUGGACAAGGUAUUGAUGGAAGACAUCGAGAACGAGAACACGAACAAGCCAUUCGGGAUGACGGUCAUUUACAAGGCGUUAAUCUGCUUCAACCUUAAUUAAAUAUUUAAUGUUAAACUUUCUUAUAGAUUCAUGUGACUUAAAAUUAGGUAGUAAGAAUAGCC